AGGCGCUGCUACGGCACCAGGGCCGUAGCGUGGACCAGUACGUAGACAUGAAACUACGACACAGCAUCCGUGUUGACCAGCAAGCAUCUGCCGUAGUAGCCGAAGCGUUUCACACGUUCAGAGGCCGUGGCGAGGACCCUGAUGACACCGCAGGUAGGAAACAUCUAGUCAGAGAGCAGCCAGUGGCUCUCACUUCUAUGUACGAGAACUUCCCUUUGAAAACUCAGAAUCCUAGGAGAAAGCUCCGGAGACAUCCUCACAGUAACGACAAGGCUUAUGAAAACUUCGAACCAACGCUGCAACGGGGUGCGGCGUCGGAGGGUGGGAAGGCGAUCUCUCCGGUGGCGCCCGUAGCCGUCGAUACGCCGGCGAAUGUCAGAGAAGAUGAGAACCCCACGUUCGUUUCGAGCGCGUACAUCACGUUAAAGUCUUCCCAAGAAUCGCUGCUGGAUGAGCCGAUCAGUGGCAAGAGACAUCCAACAACCCCGACCGACGGCGACCACAAGCGCGUCCAGGUGUUGCCGCUGAGUCCGACCCACUACCAACAGCCCCCAACACCCGAUCACCCCCCGCCGUCGGCCCUGCACGCAGAGAAGAGUAUUCAUGAUCGCAUCAGGCCUCUGAGUCAGGAGUACAAACGACGGUCCAGAGACAUCGAGACGGAGGUGGAGGAAGAACUUCUCCUUUUUCCGUCACUGGACGCCUCCAGUGGCAGCCUCUCCAGCAGCGUCUCCCUGUCCGACAAGAGUGUCUCCACCGACAACAACGUCGAGGAGUUCUUUGGAGACGCUCCUUUCGCAGGUCUGUUCAAAGGGUCUACAACUCCGGGUCCUGAGGGCGGGUCUCGGUCGUGCCCUGCUGAGCGUCCCAAAACCUUGCGAAGGCUGAAGCAUGUUUAUGACGUAGCGGGGCCGAACGGAGCUAUCUGCAAGGCGGAGGACGGCGGGAGGUCUGCCUCGUGUUCCCGGGGCAGUUCAGGGGUGACAGGCCCUGGUAUCGACAAGGCGCAGUCCCUGUCCAUCCUCAGUCCCUUCGAUGAACAAGAAGAGUGGGCAAAAAUAUCUGAGAUCAUGGCGUCCUUCGGCACUGGACUCGUCCGGGAGUCGGUGUUCGUCAGCGAGCUGGAGAAAGAGUUCCAGUCGAGGCUCGGCAUGACUCGAUCGGCGAGCAGCAGCCCCUUGGCCGCCUCCGGUUCUACCGGAGGAACUUCUUCGGUAGGCCAGUGGCUCGGCGGUCUCGGUCUGGCGGAUUACGAGUCCCUGCUUCGUAACAACGGUUACGACGACCUGGACUUCAUAUGUGGGGUUCUUGAAGACCAGGAUCUUAAGGAGCUGGGCAUCGACAACGAACAGGACCGUAAAGUCAUUCUGGAGUCUGCAGGCAGUUUGCCGUGCAAAGUGCACGAACAACAGAGCAUCGGCUUGAACAACAACAACGCUAAGAGCCCGACGUCGGCAGUGGGGUGCGGGGGGAGAGGAGAUCCUGAGGGCCAGGACGACGAAAGCGGCGAUGAAUCUGCAGUGGACCGGUGGCUUCGCAGCAUCCGGCUGGACAUCUACAGAGACACGUUCCGCAAACACUUGUACACGGACAUGGAUAGAGUUCGACGGAUAUGGGAGGUCGAGCUGACCGCAGUACUCGAGAUUCAUCGCGUCGGACACAGGAAGAGGAUCCUGGCGUCAGUCAGCAGUCAGCAUCCGCACGGCAGCCAUGGCCCCAACCUCGAUGACAUCAACGCUGACCUCAAUCUUUUGAAAUCGAACAUUCAACUCCUGAAGGAAGAAAUACGGGAGAAGCUUCCCGUCGUGCCAGUUACGGGAACCCUGAGGCAUAACCACAAGAAAUGUCGACCGGCCCCUCCGCCCCCGACGUCAGCGAACGGCUCAGGAGUCGGUAGUGACCUGGAGAUCAGGGCGCCGUCCGAGCUGCUGGUGGGGGUGCCAGCUACCCUGACCACACAGUGGCGACACAGCCCGCAGGAUCUGGUGUCCGGAUCCGUGAACUAUGUGGCGAAUUACCUGGGCUCCACCGUCGUGAAGGAACUGAGAGGAACUGAGUCCACCAAGAAGUCGAUCCAGAAGUUGAAGAAGUCUUCAACUUGCACCAAAGACGCUAAAGCGACACCAGACAUCAUACUGGCCAUCUCAUACCGCGGCGUCAAAUUCCUGAACACGAUUACCAAGGAACUGGUGUGUGGACAUGAGAUCCGUAACAUCCACUGCGCCUGCCAGGACGCCGAUGACCUCACACAUUUCGCGUACAUUACCAAGGACCACGCCAGCAAGGGUCACUACUGUCACGUGUUCUGCGUGCAGACCAUGGACCAGGCCACAGAAGUUAUUCUGACGUUGGGGCAAGCUUUCGAAGUGGCGUACCAGAUGGCAUUACGAGACCAGGUCACCGGCAGUCGUGGCCCCUGCCACACGCGAUCACAGUCGGCGUCCCACAUCCUGACAACGACAAACAUGCCUCAGCCUGGAACCAACUCUCCAGGUGCACGGAGUAACCAUUCCAGGCCACAUUCCAUUAAUGGCCAAGGUCAGGCCAAGGACGCGUCUCCGAACAGCAAGGAAGUAGAGGACUUGCCGUCUGGGGAGGAGUCUGCCGAAACGUCGAAAGGAAAUCAAGUGUCUCAGGCUCCUAUAGUUCUUACUGAAGAGCUCUAACUGCAAGUUUCAAGACCAUUUUGGGUGAUUAAGAUAUUAGCGUUUUUAAUGUCUCACGAGUGAACCACCUUUCGUAUUUAUUAAAACCUCUUUGUGUCUGAAUUUCGUUCCAAGAUAAGUCUCGAUAGUGACAGGCGAAUUUUUUUCAAAGAAAUGUUUCAAAACUCCCACACUUUAAUUAAUCACUUGUAAAGAUUUCUUUUGUUACAGUAAGGAUAUUUGGGGGCUGUGCCGUCAGCCUUCACGCAAUGCCCGAUCACUGCCUCAGUUGCCGCGUGCCCUAGUCCGAGCGGCAGUCACCAAACGUGCUCACUGUGACGUUCAUUCAGUUGCACCGACUUCGAUUCUCGUAGUCAAAAAUUGUCCAUUUGUUUGGUGUUUUGUUUCGAUUUACCCUUAAGUCCCCUUCGUGAUUUUUGCAUUGUGUUCUCCUGGGUGUGAAGAAUUCUGAAUGUAGAGAAAUCAUAGGUAAAAGUGACCGUGUUUUUAACGGGGUCGCGUUGUUUAUACAUUUACAUUGUUCAUUUAUAAACAAAAUGUGUUUUUUUCGUAGUGGGGAUACAAGAAAGGUGUUAAAAUUUUUUUAAAAUACAGUAUUUGGGGAACAAAUGAGUGAAGUCUACGUAUAAUUUGUUACGAAUUCCACAAAUGUAACUUCGCUCGCGCACGUCGUGUUCUGAUGAUAUCUAAAAUCUAUCACGAGGAGAGAAUGGUUUUUAAAAAUUUUUGAAGUAGCGAUUAAUUAACGCGUUUUUCUGUCCAUCGGGACGCAGAUUUGUAGCCAUUUUAUGUGAUUAGAAAGGAAACGCAAAGGUGUCUUCGAACUUUUAACAUUUAGAGGUCUGUGAAUACGACAUUUUGCUGUGAUUGUAUUUAUGCAUGUGUAUAUAAGCGAUAUAUAUAUGUAUUUGUGCCAUUUUAGUUAAUUUCUAUCCAUUUUCAAGUGUUGUUAACAAGUUUACACGUGCAGUAACGGAUAUUAUGUUAAAAAAUUAUUUUUUAAAAACAAAUUUUACGUGAAGAUAAUUAUUUACGAUCAAAGUUUCCAAUCAGCUGUUUUUGCUGCCCGUAUGAAAAUCUUUUGGACUAUUUUCGUGAUGAGUCAGUCUUGACGUUUUAUCUGGCAUUGAAGAGCGGGCUGUACGUUUAAAUAUUCCUUGAAGUUCUGUCAUACGUAAAGAAUCUUUAUCUGAUUUGAAAGGAAUUGAGAAGGUACAGUUUCUUCAUUAAGUGUCAUUACUUCCGUUGCGAGUUAAAUGCACUUAUAUUCGACUCGCGUUUUCAAGUAUUAGACGCAGAAUGUUUCAACAGAUUUUAAUUAAAUUCAGUUUUAAAAUUAGACUUUACUAAAUAAUUAUAUAUAAAAAAGUAUCCCCUUCACAUAAUUCUUUUAACAGAAGCAAUAAUUUACGAAAAUGCGCCUUACUAGCCUUGCCAUGUCUGUCUGUCCGCACGUAACAGCUACAGAGCCACUGAACUGUUUUCCACGAAAUUUAAUAUUUGAAUGUUUUACUAAAGACACUUACCACUUCUUUUUUUAAAUCGGACAAUUACAGAUUUAUGAAAGACA